AUCAUUACAUUGUAUUUUAAAAAUGGCGUUGAUGAGAAACAACACCUGAUAAAAUUCAGCCUUGUUACACUAUUUUUUUUCGCCUAUAAAGAUAAUUAUUCUAGUCAAGUGUCGUAAAAAUGAAGAGAAAAAAUUUACCUCUCCCCUCUUUUAUUGUUAAAAGAAAUCAGUCAUAGGUGCUUUGAAUGUACAUAUAGAAGAGAACGUUUUAUUGAAAUAACUAAUCCUCAAGAUGCCGGAACAUGUGGAAUUGGAGCAUUUAGUCGACGGCGAUAUUGAACGUCGUAAUAAUUUAAAUACAUUUCGAAAACAACUUUAUCCCAAAUGUAAAACUUGUCCUUAUUUGGGAUUGGUUUUGGCGACAAUAUCGUCUCUUUUUUUUUCUCUUUGCAGUGUAAUAGUAAAGGGUCUAGUUGAUAUAAAUCCAAUGGAACUCGCUGCCUUUAGAUUUGUUGGCGUUUUAUUGCCAACGAUUCCAAUUUUAAUCUACAAAGGUGAACAUCCAUUUCCUAGGGGGAGAAGAUUUAUGUUAAUUUUACGAAGUUUUGUUGGAACAACAGGACUUAUGCUCAGCUUUUAUGCUUUUCGACACAUGCCCUUGGCUGACGCUUCGGUGGUCGUCUUUUCAGUACCUGUAUUUGUGGCGAUAUUUGCAAGAAUAUUUUUAAAAGAGCCAUGCGGACUAUUCAAUGUUAUCACUGUUUGUUUAACAUUGAUUGGUGUUGUUCUCAUUACAAGGCCACCGUUAAUUUUCGGUCAUACGGUAAAAUCACUUUCCGACUCGCAAAAUGAAACAGACGUCGCUGAUGUUUGGGGUGCAAUUGCCGCUUUUUCAGCAACAAUAUUUGGCGCCAAUGCUUAUGUUCUUCUUCGUGCUUUAAAGGGUCUUCAUUUUUCAGUAAUUAUGACAAAUUUUGGUUCAUUUGCACUUAUUCAAACAAUCAUGUAUUCAUGGGCAAUUGGCGCUCUUUGUUUACCACGUUGUGGAACCGAUAGACUUCUUGUUGUUGCAUUAGCAUUUUUUAGUUUUGGUGGACAAAUUCUUCUUACAUUAUCCCUUCAAAUGGAACAGGCAGGACCUGUUGCCAUUGCAAGAUCAGCGGAUAUUGUUUUUGCCUUUUUAUGGCAAGUGUUAUUCUUCAACGAAAUACCAAAUAAGUAUUCAAUAGGAGGCGCUAUUCUAGUCACAAGCUCAGUUCUUCUCACGGGUUUGAGAAAAUGGGCAAUUUCUCUGCCUGAAAAUUCAACAUUAAAAAAAUCCCUUGGAAUAUUAGCGAUGUAGAAAAAAGGAAACAUUCAUGAGCUCAAAUCUUUAGAUAUAAUUAAAAAAAUGAAAAUGAGGCUCUCCAAAUAUUUGGAAAAUAUUUAUUAAUUAUUAAAAAAAAAUUAUUAUAGCUGUCAGUGCGAUGUGUCUGGAACAAAUGUUUUUAAAUCAAUUUUUUUUUUUUUAUUCGAAUUUUUUCUUCCUUAAGAAGUGGUAAUUCUCCAAAUUUAUUGAAAAUUGCAUAUAAAAUAAGUUUUGUAGAAAACAUUUUUAAAAGAGAGUUUUAGAUUUACUUUGUAAUACUAGAAAAAAAAUUGCAAUUCUCCUAAUGCUAAACUUGAUACCAUUUACGUAAAUAUCAUACAAAAUCUUUGGGUCUUCUAUUCAGAAAUCACUUUUUAAAGUGAUAGGAAACAUUAAAGCUAUAUAUCAUAUAAAAACAGACAAUUUUAAAUAUUAUUUGAUACUCUAAAUAUUUAGUCAAUGGAUAAUCAUUUUUAUAGGUAUGUUUAAAAAAAUGCACAAAUUGAGAAGAAAGUACAUAAUGUUUAAAAAGUUCUUACUAUUUAAAUUUUUUAAAAAUUCAAAAUGGCGAAUCCAAUAUGGCGGCCGUUUUUAAAAAUCAUUCAAAAUACUUUGAAACUUGUUACACGUGGGUUUUUGGGGUCAC